AUGUCUUCUCCGGCGAAAACAACUCGUACACCAACACUGACAAGUCUACCACCAUCAUCAAAUAUUGUAGUUGGUGAUGCUCAAGAUGAUUUUCAAGCAUUUCAAAUGCGUCCAGUUAUACGUGAUUUUAAAUUGGCUGCUGAGUUAUUUGCAUCAAAUGGUGAUAUUGUAUUAAUAUGUGGAAGAAGUAAAGAAGAAAGACAAGGCAUGCUAUUAGUAUCAUAUGAAAUUCCAUCCGCAAUAGCAUCAAUAACAGCAUCUAUACGAUUAGUUAAAGUAAUUAGGUUAACAAAGAAAAGUGUUACACAACUUGAAACAAUACCAAUAUUAAAAAUAGCUUUAUUAUUAGGCGAUGGAACUGUUAGUUUACUUGAUAUUGAUUCACUUGUUGAAAUUGCUACUGUAUCAAAUAAUAGUAUUACUCUAUUUUCAACUUGGUAUGAUAUUGGAUCGAAUCAAUCUACGUCUUCAUCAUCAUCGUCAAAUGUUUCAAUAUCAAUUCCGACGGAACUUCAAUUAUGUGCUGCAAUAAGACGCCGUUCACUUGUAUUCUAUAGUUGGCUUCCUCAACAAAAAGUUUUUAAAGAAAAUAAAGAUUUACGUGGUGCUUUUGAUUUAAUUGAUGCUCCACGUGCAUUAGCAUUGUCACGCGAAAAAAUCUGUAUUGGCUAUAGAAAAUCCUAUGUUAUUAUGAGUCUUACAACGGGUAUGAUUAUUAAUGAAUUAACAUUUACAAUGACACAUGAUCCAGUUAUAAAUUGUCUACAAGAUCGAACACAAUGGUGUAUACAAAUGGAAUCAAAUACUGUAUUUUUGAAUUCUAGUUUUGAACCAUUAUAUGAAAAUGGUAUUACAUGGAAAGAUAUUCCAUCAGGUAUUGUCCAAGCAAGUCCAUAUGUAUUAGCAUUAAUGAAUCAAUCAAUUGAUGUUUGUACAUUUAAUGGUUCACAAUCAGUACCUGUUCAACAAAUUCCACAUAAAGGAGCAAUAGGAAAAUGCCGUUUAUGGAUGGAUGCUCGAACUGAAAGAAUUUAUACUGCAACACCAACUGAUGUUACUAUACUUGAACCAAUACCUGUUCAUAUACAAUUACAAAAUUAUACUGGUAGAUAUAGAUAUGAUCUAGCUUUAAUUCUUAUUCGAGCUGUACUCGGAAUAUCUGUAUCAUCAUCAACGCCUGAACAAUCAAGAACAAUUGAUGGUCAUGGAAAAGGAAAGAUUGAUACAUCUACAAUGCCUAAACAAGUAACAUUUGAAAAUGAUGAACAAUCAUCAAAUAAAUCAUCAGUUAAUACACCAAUAACUCGUCAAAGUUCUGUAAUAAAUGAACCAACUCGUAAUAAUCAAAAACUAAGUGAUACAGAACUUUGGACUGAAUAUUAUCGUGUUGGUACCAUGAAUGCAUUUCAAUUAUUUCAUAAACAACAAUUUGAACAAGCUUUUGCUGAAUUUAAUGAUUUUUUAACUGAUCCAGGUGAAAUCAUAUCAUUAUUUGCACCAUUAUCAGCUAAUGUAUGGUUAACAAAUUCAUAUAAUGAAUUAAAUUCAUUCGUUAAACAACAUCGACAUUUUGCUGAACCAAAUGAUUUUGUUGGAGUUAAAUUUGAAAAUGCUUUACAUGAAUUACAACGUUAUUUAACUGAUUUACGUCGAGUUUUUCAAACAGUCUUUCGACGUUCACCAGAUAGUUGGCUUGAAGUUCAAUCACUUGUUCAAAAUCGACUUAUAUUAAAACCUGUUCGUGAAUUAUUAAGUAUUGUUGAAACAGCUCUACUUAAAGCUUAUUUAAUUGAUAAUAAUAAUAUAUUAGCUAAUGCAUUAUUACGUAAUCAAGAUAAUUGUUGUUUACCAUCGGAAGUUGAAAAAGAACUUAAAAAACAUCAUCGGCGUCAAGAAUUAGUUUCAUUUUAUGAAAAACGAAAGCGACAUAGUGAAGCAUUAGAUUUAAUUACAAAUACAGAAACAUUAUCAACGCGUGAAAAUAUUCUUAAUUAUUUAUCUAAACUUGAUAAUGAUCAAUUACCAUUAAUUUUUAAAUAUAUUGAACCAAUGAUAAAAUCCGCUUUAGAAGAAACAAAUAAUGAAAAUAUUCUUCAUGAUAUAUUAAUAUUAUUUGUUGGUGAAGCAACACCGGCAUCACCAUCACCAUCAACAAUGGAUAUAUCAAAUACAGGAGCAAUUAAACUUAAUCCAAUUGAAGUAUAUGGUUUUUUAAAAGAUAUUAAUCAAGAUUUUGCUAUAAAAUAUUUAGAAACUAUUUGUUUAAAACCAGAACUUGGUUCUAAACAACGUGAUAUUCAUAAUCGUCUUGUUUAUGCAUAUUGUGAUCGUAUUAAACAAUUAUCUAAUGAAUUUAAACCAAUGAUUAAAGCUAAACAACAAGAAAUUAAAAUUAAACAACAACCAGAAAUUUAUGAAGAUAAUGAUGUACUUGCAACUCAAUCAACAUUUUCUCGUCCAUCAUCAUCAGUUAAUGUUGAAAAUUAUUCCGCAAUAUCGUCUAUAAAGAAACAAAAAACUGAAUAUGAAACCAAAUUAAAAUUCUUUUUACUUAAUCAAAAUUGUCAAUGUGAUUUUGAUAAAUUAGAAGCAUAUUUUCUUCAAGAACAAAAUGAUACAUCAAAUGAACAUUUAUUUAGUUUACAUUAUGCUAUUGUACUUGGUAAAUUAGGUCAACAUGAAUCAGCACUUGAAACAUUUGUUAAAAAUGGUUUUUAUACAGAUGCUGAAAAUUAUUGUGAAACUAUUUAUUCGAAUGGUAAAAUUCAAUUAGCACAUGAUCUUUAUCGUCGUUUAAUUGAAUUUUAUUUAAAAAAAAGUAAUGAUGGAAAUUUAAAUGAAAAUAGUUUAAAAACUAUCCUACGUAUUGUUAAUAACGCAUCCGAACGUCUUGAUCCAGUUCAAACAUUAGAAAUCUUACCAGGUCAAUUGAAAUUAAAUAAUUUAAAAGAUUUUAUUGAACAUGCAUUACAAACAUGUUCAACAAAUAAACGUAGUUCACAAUUAGAACGUAAUUUACUAUUUUUAAAAUUACUUCGUACACAAUCAAAUCGUAUUUCAAGUGAAAAUCAUUCAUUUGUAAUUGAUGCUGAUUCAACAUGUGCUCGAACAGAAUGUACACAACCAUUUACAUCAACACAAGCUGUUAUGGAUUUUGAAGAAUUUAUUGAAUCUUUGGAAAGUUUACCAAUUGAUUUAAGUCGUAAUCUUCGAUUAUUACGAGAACUUGAUGAUAAAAGUUUAUCAUUAAAAUCAGAAUGUUCAACAAUUACAACAAAAUAUCAACAAACAAAAUCUCAUGAUGAAAAGUAUAAUUUAAUUCAAACAUUAAAUGAUUUACAAUCUCGACGUUUAUUACAUGCCAAUGAAAAAAUAACAUUAGCUAAUCAAGCAUAUGAAAUGGUUGAAAAACAUAUACGUCGUUUAGAUGAUGUACUUGAAGAAUUAGCAGCACAACCACAAAUAAAUUCAACAACAAAUCGAAAGAAAAAACGAACAAUAUCAACAAAUGAUGAUAUAAAUUCAAAUAAAAAACGACGUAAAAUAGAUAAACCAUUAAAUCAAGUACAAAAUAAAACAUCCAUUAAAAAGAAAGAACAACAACCACAAGAAUUAACAAAAGUUGAACCUGUUGGUUUAGAUUUAUUUCCAAUUGAUCCAUAUGAACCACGAUAUUGUAUAUGUAAUCAAGUAUCAUUUGGACGUAUGAUUGCAUGUGAUAAUCCUCAUUGUCAAAUUGAAUGGUUUCAUUUUGCAUGUGUUAAACUUGAAGAAGAACCUAAAGGAAAAUGGUUUUGUGAGAAAUGUCGAUCAAUUUCGAAUUAA